AUGGGUUGCAAACAACUAUUGAAGAACUUCGAUCGCUUUAUAAAUACCACAGAGAAAGACACGUGGGAUAAGCCUGGAGAGGAAACAUUAAAGUACUGGAAAAACAUCAGACCGACUCCAGUGUUACUGAUGAGAUGCCGAGACCAUUUUCAGGCACGUCCUUAUUCUUGCACUUCCGAGUAUCCCGAACUAUAUCCAAGAAUGGAUGAGAUUGAUCUGGGAGUCCGCAAGGAUGGAACGCCACUGCACAAGUAUACAGGUUUGAGGCAAAUCUUUGAAGGGGAACCGUGGUAG